UUUAUUUUAUCCUAUGAGACCUGCGAUUGAUUGAGCUUAAAAGUGCAGAGAAGCAGCGGGAGUGAAUUAGAGAAGAUGAGUGCGGUUAGUUCUGUCAGCAUUCCGAAUCAGUUCCACAACGUCUUCGUCUAUGGCAGUCUCUUAGCCGACGACGUCGUUCAAGUCCUUCUCAAGCGCGUUCCUCCUUCUGCCCCUGCCACCCUGCCCGACCAUCAUAGAUUUAGCAUCAAAGGUCGUGUUUAUCCCGCUAUUCUGCCUGUGGAGGAUAAGAAAGUCACUGGAAGGGUCCUGCAAGGCAUCUCAGAUUUGGAAUUAUUUAUUUUGGACGAGUUUGAGGAUAUUGAAUAUGAAAGAAGUGAUGUUCAUGUUUAUUUGAAGGAUAAUUCUGAAAAGUUACAAGCUCAUACUUACAUUUGGAGCAACAAAAGCGACCCAAACGUGUAUGGAGAUUGGGAUUUUGAGGUGAGCAGCCAAGCUUUAUUUUUGAAAUUAUUGAAAAUUACAAAAUUGAUCCCAGUCUCUAUCUUUAAAGUUUUAGAACAUAAUUGAAUGGCUACACAACCAGGAAAAAGAUACAGGUCAGUUGUGGUUGCCUUCUUUCAAACCUUACAUAAUAUGCGAAGUGACUAGCAAGAUUUGGAGUUUCAGAGCAUUCAUGAAAUGUUUCUCACUUCAAUGUCUGUGUUGUUUUCUUGCUCAUGAAAAUUGGACGGUGUUUUUAAAUAAAUGUUUGACAUUCCUUUUAAGUUUUUCCUCAUAUUUUCCUAUAGUUUUAGGUGGGAAAG